UCUCCAUCGCCGGGCGGCAGCAUCCGACAGUCUUAGCCCCCGCCGGACCGAGCCUGCCGUGCCGUGCCGUGCCGCGUCCCCGUCCCCGUCCCCGUGGGAAGGCGGACUGUUUCCUCCGCAAUCCUGUCGCGCGACGGCUCGCCCACUGAAUUACCCUCAGGGGCCGCCGUUCUCCAACCGCUCUGUUCUGCACCCGAUCGCAUCCGUGCCCCGGCCGCACUCCCCGCUGACUUCUCCGCUUUCAUGGCCCCUGACAAGCAGGCCUCGCAUCUCCAUAUCCCGCAAAGAAUGUUUUUCUCAUCUUCUGUGCCCAAUUCUACCGCUCGUGCUCUUCUGUCUUUUUUCCCUCCUGGCCGGUGCCCAUUCUGCGGACGUGCAAAGGCUAUUAUGAUACUUGCGAUUACCAAUUGCGAAUCUAGGGUUUCGUGUACAAACGGUGUGUAUUUUGUUGCUUUUGAGCUAGUUUUCUUCAUUGCGGAUUUAUUACAGUUGCAAGGCUUGCUGUGACUCGGCAGUAUAUUAGGUGAUUUAAAUAUACUUUGCACGAAAGGAGGUGGUGUAGGAAGCUUUGGAUCUGAGUGGUGGGAUGGAGAGGUAGGGGAAUACUUUGGAUCCGCCUUACGCUGGUUAGCUAGUUUAUAUUAGUGAAAUGUGGCAAUAGUGAUAUUGGCUUUCUUGCCAUCUCAAAGCGUGUUUUCCCUAUUAAUACCCUCUGAUGCCUCAUCUUAUGUACAGUAACUCCUGAAUCUGGUAUGAUACCGCGAGAUAUGAAAUAAUAUGCAUCGAGAGAACCAAAUAAUAGCGAUGAACAAUCAUGACAAGGGAAACUGCAAUACCUAAUUGCCUAUAGCUGCAGAGCUGGAUCGUGUUUCAGGUGAAGUAUCUGAGAUACCCAUCCACAUGUAUCCAAUCAGCUGUUAAUAUGGUGCAUUAGUUCAGUUUGAUGCUAAUACCACAUGAAAGAUGUGUGUCUUGUGGUUCUUCCCUUUGGUCCUGCAUUCCCUUGCUUCGUGUCAUGCCUCCUUUGACCAGAUAGGUAUUACGUACACUCUACUGUAAACAUAAGAGAAACGACAAGUCCAUCCAAAUCAACUACUUAGAAGAUGCACGUGAACAAUUGCCUCCAACAUUUUGUUUAUGUUGUUAAUGACCAUAUUUGAAGGACAGGCCUGGUGCAGUGGUGAAGUACUCCACACUUGUGGCAAGAGGUCCUGGGUUUGAGGCAGCCUCUGCAUUGCACUGUGCAGGGGCCCCGGCACAUUUCUAUCGACUGAAAAAGCUUACUGGGUCAUCUUCCCCUACAGAAAGUGGUUCUACAAGGCUUACCCUAAAUCUUCCAGGAUCGACCUAUCAGUUUCCGCAGAGAAGGUCGGUCUGUGGUCAUCAUCUAUAUGGGCAAAACAUCUGCUUCUGGUGUUGUUCAGGAGAAUGAAAAAGUUGGGAAUGGUUCACCCUCUUCUCCUACCAAGGGGAAAAGGGGAAGGAAAGGGUCCCAGAUUAUAUCAAAUAAAAAGUAUCCCCUGAGAUCUGCACAUAGUAGUGCCAGGGUGCUUCGGUCUACUUCAAAAGACAAGAGUAAGACGCCUAAUGAGCCAGUAAGUCCAUUGAGAUCCGCUCAUAGUAGUCCCAGGGUGCUUCGAUCUACCCCUAAAAACAAGAGCAAGACACCUAAAAAGCAAGUAAAUUCAUUGAGGUCCGCACAUAGUAGUGCCAGGGUGCUUAGCUCUACCUUGAAGAAAAAGGUACCUAAUGAGCCGGUAAACAACAGUACUGCUGCUCAACCAGCUGCCAGGAAAAGGAAAAGAGGCAGGCCCUCAAAUGCAGCGAGUCCCAAGAAUGAGUGCAUCAAAAUUCGCCAACGAGUUAGAUACAUUUUGAAUCGAAUGAACUACGAACAAAGUUUCAUUCAAGCCUAUGCUGGUGAAGGUUGGAAAGGUCAAAGUUUGGAAAAAAUAAGACCUGAGAAAGAGCUUGAGCGAGCCAAGGCAGAAAUCUUGCGAUGCAAGUUAAGAAUUCGGGAAGCUUUUCGUAAUAUGGAUUCUCUUCUAUUGGAGGGGAAGCUUGACGAAUCUUUGUUUGAUUCUGAGGGAGAAAUAUCUAGUGAAGAUAUUUUCUGUGCCAUUUGUGCUUCAAAGCAUGUUACGCUAAAAAAUGAUAUCAUUCUUUGCGAUGGAGUGUGUGAUAGAGGAUUCCACCAGAAAUGUUUGAAUCCUCCUUUGCUGGCAGAAGAUAUUCCUCAGGGGGAUGAAGGAUGGCUUUGCCCUGCGUGCGAUUGCAAGCUAGAUUGUAUAGAUUUACUAAAUGAACUCCAAGGGAGCACACUUGCUAUUCAUGACUCAUGGGAGAAAGUUUUCCCUGAGUCAACUUCGAAUGGCUUAAACCAAAUUGGUGCAUCUGAUCUUCCAUCCGAUGAUUCAGAGGAGGAUUAUGACCCUACUUUAGCUGAAGGGGACACGGUAGAUGAAGACAAAUCAUCUGCAGAGGAUGGGGAUGAAGGAUCAGAUUCUGAUGACCUGGAUUUUAUAACAUCAUCCGAUGAGUCUGAACCUUCAAAGAAGAAAAAGUCUGAAUCAAAGAACAAAAAUACCGUCAAUGACCUCGCGUUGCCUUCGGAUGACUCAGAGGAUGAUGACUUUGAUCCAGAAGGUCCAAAUUCCAGUGAAGACCAAAAGACCAAAACAAACUCAGACGAGUCGGACUUCACAUCUGAUUCUGAUGAUUUCUGUGCCGAGAUUUCUAAAUCUUCUGGCAAGGACAAAGUUUCGGCACCUUCAUUCUCAGACCAAACUAAUGGAGUGGACAUUAUGGAGGCAGAGCUAGAGCAAGACUCUGUGCUACCAGCUUCAAACAGGAGACAAGUUGGAACUUUGGAUUACAAAAAGCUUUAUGAUGAGGCUUAUGGAAAAGAAACCACUGAUUCAAGCGAUGAAAAAGAGUGGUCUGGACAUAGCCCAAAUGGAAAUCCAGAAGACAGUGAUACAGAUUCAUUUGCUGGACCACUUAAGCCGGCAAAAACCAGAAGAGCACGAGGUGGGCGCCAGAACAAUGAGCGUACUGCACAGAGUGAACGGCACAGUGGUUCAGUAAGUGAACAGCAUCCUGAAGUGCUUUCCAACGGCACCAGUAGCACGGCCAGGAAAAAAGGUUAUGGUCCUAUUGUUAAUCAGAAGCUUAAGGCAUAUUUCGAAAAAGAACCUUACCCUAGUCGCCCAGCAAAAGAAAGUCUGGGACAAGAGCUUGGCCUGACAUUCCAUCAGAUCACUAGAUGGUUUUCUAGUACUCGUCAUUACUCAAGAGUUACUGCUACCAAGAAAGGGAAGCGUUCAGAAAACUAUACUGCUGAGAACAACGAUGGCAUUGCUGCGGAUAGCAUACAACAGAGAGAACCCAAUGGCAGUGUAUUGGGCAAACCAAAUGUAGAUAGAAACGGUAUUAUUUCGGAGGAAAGGAUGGCGCAAAAAAAUCUUGAUGAAGGUGAGAAAGAAGAUACUCCAUUCAGACAACGUAUCAGCUGUGAGCAGACACUGGAUGGGACUCCUGCUAACAAACACAACACUGCCAACUCAAGAGAAGUUGACCCACCAAUUGGUGCGCCGGGAGGAAACCAGCAAAGUGACACCUCGAGGAAUGCAGAAGAUACCCCACUCGGACAAGAUAUUGGCUGUGAGCAGACCGUGGCUGCUAUCAACCAAAACUGCACUAUCGGCUCGAGCAAUGUCGGGUCACCGAAAGGUGUGCCUGGAGGAAACAAGCGCCUUAAUAACUCUCCGAGUGUUGGAAGCCCAAGACGUGGGUCUGCCGAGAAGAACAUUCCUGGGCUAGAACAUGUUGAUGAGGCAAGGAGGAAGGCUAUACUGCGGGAGCUGAGGAAGAUGAAGGCCGCAGGCAAGUGAAGCUCCCAGAGAGGUAUCGUUUGAACCAUUUCCGAACCUUCAGUGCAAGUCAAGUUUUAGAUGCUACUCGACAAGUUUGAACUCUGGAUUGCUUCGCAGCCAGAGAAGAUGACUGACAGCCGAAUUGUUGUGCCUCAUCUGUUUCAAGUUCAUCAGUUGACAAGCCUGCUUAUCGUAGCCCUGUUUCUCUAUAGAGCCUCGAAUUUCUGAUUGGGUACACCUGGAAUCUGAAGUACUUCAUCCACAACAAGGGUUAAGCUGGGUGUAACAGUAUUAGCGUAGCCUGUAGACUCUAGUGGACAUUAGAACUGUUGUUUGCCAUGUUCUUGUAUCAUCUUGAUGGGUAGCCAUGUUGAGAGAAACUGAUGCGAACCGUUGUUUGGGUUGUAUCUUGUAAACAUGCUGUGAAUUGAGAGUAGUUCCUUUCAUUUUUUUUCCUGAGAGUUUAAUGAAACGAGAUCAAUGACAUCA